AUGAGCAAAGAACUGGGCGGCAUUGUGAAGGCCUGGGAAGUAACUGUACGUAAAUCACAAGCAGUUGCAAAGAAAAGGUCUAAUAGCAUUUUCCCCACAAUGUCAGUGGCUCAUGUGGACGACGACGUUUGCGACGCGAUUCCUGGCGAAGUCUAUCAUGCCGAGAAGGUGUUCGACAACGGGGACUGGUACACAGGUCAGUGGGCUGAUAAUUGCCCCAAUGGCCAUGGAAAAUACUUGUGGGCAGAUGGUUGUAUGUAUGUUGGUGAUUGGCAAAGAGGGAAGACCAAUGGUAAAGGUAAAUUCAGCUGGCCUUCUGGUGCCACCUAUGAAGGCCAAUUCAAGAAUGGGUAUAUGGAUGGUGAAGGGACUUAUACGGGGUCUUCCAAUGAUACUUACAGAGGGUAUUGGGUAGUGAAUAUGAAACAUGGGAAAGGGGUUAAGAAUUAUGCCAAUGGGGAUCACUAUGAAGGCGAAUGGCGCCACGGUUUGCAAAAUGGACAAGGGAGGUACCAAUGGAAUGAUGGUAAUCAGUAUAUUGGGAGAUGGAAGAAUGGGAAGAUGAAUGGCAAUGGAACAUUGAUUUGGGGUAAUGGGAAUAGAUAUGAUGGGUGUUGGGAGGAUGGAUUGCCUAAAGGAAAUGGUACAUAUAGAUGGCCAGAUGGGAGUUUUUAUGUGGGUGUUUGGAGUAAGGACCCAAGAGAGCAGAGUGGGACUUAUUACCCUUCAAGUUCACAGAUGGGUCAUUUUGAUUGGGAUCCUCAGGAGGUCUUUCUGAUUGAUUUGAGUGAUUGUAAGGUUUGUCCUGGUGAGAAGAUCUCGAUAUUUCCUUCACAGAAGAUGGUUAAUUGGACUAAUAUUGAAGGGGAGAUGUUGCAGAAGCAGCCAAUAUGGAAGAAUUCAAAAGGGAGUGGUGCGAGGCCAAGGAGAAUGUCAGUUGAUGGGAGGCUUAGCAAUGAUGAUGCAUAUAGUUGGGGCUCUGAUGCUGAUGUUGGUUCCGAUGACAUUGGUUCACAUUCACUGGGAGGAAGAGAAGACGUUGGUUUGGGGAAUCCCCAGCUUGAUGAUGUGGAAACAGCAAGAGGGAUACCAAUUAGAAUACGGGCGAUGAAAAGACAGGGGGAGACGAUAUCAAAAGGUCAUAGAAAUUAUGAGCUCAUGCUCAAUCUGCAGCUUGGAAUAAGACAUGCUGUAGGAAGGCCCGCUCCAGCAACAUCACUUGAUUUGAGGGCUAAUGCUUUUGAUACCAAGGAAAAAUUAUGGACCAGAUUUCCUCCAGAGGGAUCCAAACACACACCACCUCAUCAAUCAUGUGAUUUCAAAUGGAAGGAUUACUGUCCCUUGGUUUUCAGGACUCUUAGGCAAUUGUUUAAGGUGGAUCCAGCUGAUUACAUGAUAUCCAUAUGUGGGAAUGAUGCCCUACGGGAACUCUCAUCCCCUGGAAAAAGUGGAAGCUUCUUUUACUUGACCAAUGAUGACAAGUACAUGAUAAAAACCAUGAAGAAGUCAGAAGUAAAAGUUCUCAAAAGGAUGCUUCCAGCCUAUUACAAUCAUGUUCGAGCCUUUGAGAACACUCUAGUUACCAAAUUUUUUGGUCUUCACUGUGUCAAGUUGACUGGGUCUGCCCAAAAGAAAGUGCGGUUUGUCAUAAUAGGGAACUUGUUUUGUACCGAAUGUGCAAUUCACAGAAGAUUUGACUUGAAAGGUUCUUCCCAUGGUCGAACCACUGAUAAACCUGAAUCUGAAAUUGAUGCAACAACUACCCUCAAGGACUUGGACCUCAAUUUUGUCUUCAGAUUACCAAAGGUUUGGUUCCAAGAAUAUUGCAGGCAAGUGGACAGAGACUGUGACUUUCUUGAACAGGAGAGAAUCAUGGAUUACAGUCUUUUGCUUGGUGUUCAUUUUCGAGAAACCUCGGACAAUAGUGAAACAAUCACGACUGAGGCUCGUUCAUCUGGAGUUCGUACUCCUACUGGGACUGGUGACACAAAUAAUGAAGGAGCAGCUCCUAGACUUUCGAGAGCUAACAUGGAUCUUCUUUCUGAUCCUACACGGUGGGCUUCCAUUAGACUAGGUGUGGACAUGCCAGCACGGGCUGAGCGAACAGUGAGAACAAACGAUUGUGAGUCUCAGUUAGUUGGAGAACUAACAGGAGAGUGUUAUGAUGUCAUCCUUUUCUUUGGCAUAAUCGAUAUACUACAGGAUUAUGACAUUAGCAAGAAGCUUGAACAUGCUUAUAAAUCGAUACAAUAUGAUCCAACCUCAAUCUCUGCUGUUGAUCCCAAGCAGUAUUCCAAACGUUUUCGUGAUUUCAUAUUCAGAGCUUUUGCUGAAGACACUUGAAGUUACAGAUAGGCUCAAGUUUUCCACUUGCAGCUAGUAGCCAUUCAUGUGGAGCAGAUCUCUGGUGGAGACAACUGUGUUCACUCAGUGAGAAGUCACAAUUUGGCUAUAUGAUGAGGCUGUUGAAGGAUGAACCGUGGCUGCCAGUGUUACACAAUUGUGGUAUUUUGGCAUUGACAUCUCUGUUUUAUUUAUCAGCACAGGCAUAUGAUAUGUUUCACCAAAAGGUACACUACACUCUUGUAGUUUGAGCUACUCAAGCCUGUUCCAAUUGUAAAUGAAAUAUAGCUAAGGGUUAAGCUGAGAGAAUUCAUUUUGUACCCAAAUUUUUUGUCCCUGAAGGUUUAAGAGUCUUUGGGAUUUCUGCAGUGAAUAAAAAUGUACAGAAGGAAACAGAAAACAGAAAUGCAAUCAACAAAAAAACUCCC